AUACCCUUGUUUGUUCUUAAGCCCUUUAACAAAAAAACAAAUUCAAUUGUAUAGCUUGUCCCUUUUCUUUUCUUUCCAAGUUUCAACUGAUUAAAUCUGUAUGUACUAUGAUAAGAAGCCAACAACGGAGGGACCAAAAGCAACUUUUCACAAAAUUUCUGAAACAAUUUUCCAGAAAAUUUUAAAGCGUUCUCAUCUCAUAUAUUCAGACUACAGAGUAACUCAUCACUCUCACUCUCUCUCUCUCUCUCUCUCUCUCUCUCUCUCUCUCUCUCUCUCUCUCUCUCUCUCUCUCUCUCUCUCUCUAUUUCUUUUUUCACUUUCAAAAUAAAACCAAGCCCUGAAGCCCAUGCCCACAUGCUCAUAGACAUAGACCCCAAUUCACACACCCACCAUUUUCAGGCCUGCAAAUGUGUAAAAAAGCUUGCCCCUUACAAUGAUUAUAAAAAACAAAGCAUGCACACCAAGUUGUUUGUUUAAAAGAAUUCCAUAACUUCAUGCUCUCCACUGACCAUAUAUAACCACCCCCAUCUUCAUUAUAUUGUUAGUUUUUCAUCUCAUCUCAUCUCACUGAAAAGUGUAAAGUGUAAAUCUUGACUUUGAUUCUUGAAAGAAACCCAUGGCCAUGACAAUGGCUGUUUCGCUGAUGGUUAUGCUGUGUGCUUUCACGGUGGUUGUGGGCGAACCAUCAUUGUCGGAAUCCGACAAGAUUUUGAAAUUGCCUGGACAACCACCUGUUGGGUUUCAACAAUUUUCAGGUUAUGUCACCUUGGAUUCGAAAAGAAAAAGAGCCCUUUUUUACUACUUUGUUGAAGCUGAAGUUGAUCCAGUUUCAAAACCACUGGUUCUGUGGUUGAAUGGAGGGCCUGGAUGUUCAUCACUGGGUGUUGGAGCAUUCUCUGAAAAUGGACCUUUUAGGCCAAAUGGUCAGGGACUGGUUCGAAAUGAGUAUAGCUGGAACACAGAGGCGAAUAUGUUGUACUUAGAGACCCCAGUUGGAGUAGGGUUUUCUUAUGAUUCAUCGAAUUCUUCUGGUUAUGAAGUUGUCACUGAUGCGAUUACAGCUAGGGACAAUCUUGUGUUCUUGCACAAAUGGUUCUUGAAAUUCCCUCAGUAUCAACAGAGAGAUUUGUUCAUAACAGGAGAAAGUUAUGCAGGUCACUAUAUUCCGCAACUAGCUGAACUUAUGGUUCAAUUCAACAAAAACAAGAAGCUUUUCAAUUUAAAAGGAAUUGCUCUAGGAAAUCCAGUAUUGGAGUAUGCAACUGAUUUGAAUUCAAGAGCGGAAUAUUUCUGGUCUCAUGGGCUUAUAUCAGAUUCAACAUACAAAUUAUUCACAUCUGCAUGCAAUUAUUCACGAUAUGUGAGUGAAUACUACAGAGAUUCAGUUUCACCCAUAUGCUCAAAAGUAUAUAGUCAAGUAAGCAGAGAAACCAGUCGAUUUGUGGACAAAUAUGAUGUUACUCUUGAUGUCUGUAUUCCAUCAGUGCUCUCGCAAUCCAAGAUCAUUAGCCCCCAGCAAGUAACUGAGAGAGUCGAUGUUUGUGUGGAAGAUGAAACUGUUAAUUAUCUCAACAGACGUGAUGUUAGGAGAGCUUUACAUGCACGUUUGGUUGGAGUCCGAAAAUGGGAAGUUUGUAGCAACAUCUUAGAUUAUGAACUACUCAAUAUCGAGAUACCUACCAUCAAUAUUGUGGGAUCACUCCUCAAAGAAGGAAUUAGGGUUCUGGUUUAUAGUGGCGAUCAAGAUUCUGUAAUUCCAUUGAUGGGGAGCCGGGCUUUAGUCCAUCGACUCGCUACAGAAAUGGGACUCGAAACAACCGUACCAUAUCGAGUUUGGUUCGAAGGGCAACAGGUUGGAGGGUGGACUCAAGUGUACGGAAAUAUAUUCUCAUUUGCAACUGUAAGAGGUGCAUCACAUGAAGCGCCAUUCUCACAGCCUGAAAGAUCAUUGGUGUUGUUUCGGUCAUUUUUAAAAGGGAAUCCUUUACCGGAAUCGUUUUGACAGUUGAUCAUGCAAAUAAAAGUAUAUUUUGGGUUUGAUUGUAAGUAAAUUUUGUUCAUCAAAGUGGUAAUCUGUAAUUGAGUCAACUUUUUUUUUUUCUUUUCUUUUUGUGAAUUUUUUGAGUUGAAAAUGUUGUGGAAAUUGAAAGAAAAUUUGCACGUUGCUUGAAUGUUAUGUGGAGAUUGAAUUUUUUUGUCAA